AUGGACGCUCAAGCACCCAGCAAGUAUAUCACGCUCGUUUCCGCCGAUGGAUUCGAGUUUGUUGUGCUCCGAGAAGCCGCCAUGGUGAGCCCCAUCAUCAAGGGCAUGCUGGACGUGAGGAGCCAGUUCGCCGAGGCCAAGGACGCCCGCUGUGUCUUUCAGGAGAUGAGUGCAAUGGUUCUUGACAAAGUGGUCGAGUACUUCCACUACUGGUACCGAUACCAGAACAGUGAGGACGUUCCUGACAUGGACAUCCCCGUUGAGCUUUGCCUCGAGCUCUUAGCUGCAGCUGAUUACCUGGGCCUGGACCAGGCGAACAUGAGCAUGAAGUGA